GAUCUACCGAGUGCACCAAAUAGAUCAUAUCGCAUGCAUUAUUGGAGAACCUUGCAGGCCCCGCUCCCCCGCUCAUUUCGGCGAUUGAUGAGUUGCUCAGACCUCACAGCACAUUACAAUAGCAUUAGGUAGGCCUAACUCCAUGCCGAUUCCAUUGUCAACCCCUCACCUUCCUAUAAGAUCACACCGUUGUGGAUGAAGCUAUGAAAGAGAAAAAGAUGGACGAGUUCAGCUUCCCCACCGUCGUGACGGAACACGAGCUCAUCCCCGACCUCCCGUUCCCCAGCCUUGCCGCCACCUCCCUCUGGUUCCACUCCCCCGAGGCAGACAGCAGCCAGCUCCGUCGAAGCUUCUCCGAGGGCGGCGCCCACAUCGCCACCACAUGCCGAAGAGCCCUCCGGCCGAGCUCCCCCGCGGUGCUCAGCGACUACGGCUGCAGCGGCGAAGAGGAGAGGAUGGACAUGCUCUGGGAGGACUUCAACGAGGAGUUCUAUCGCGCCGGGGACCCGCGGGGCGCGGCGGGGAGGAGAUCGAUGGGCAUGGACGUACUGGCCGCUGAAGGAGGCUUGCUGUCCAAGAAGGAGCUGCGGCUGGAGGUGUCGAAGAGCCGCCCCCUGCGCCGGAAACCUGCCUUUGUGGUGAUGCUAAGGAUGCUGAAGAAGAUGUUCAUCGCGCAGAAGACUCACUCUGAUGGCAGAAAGCCGAAGCAACAAAAGUAGGAGAGUUGAGUUCCUUCGAUGCAGCAGCUGAUUUAUUUGCAAGACGACGCUACAAACAACGUUAAGAGGGAUGGAGGUCGAUUUCAAGUUUCAGUAGAAAAAAAGCCUAUAUAUAUAUAUAUAUAUAUAUA